UGUAGUCAUACAAGCGAAUAGCGUCAAGCUCUCACUAGACACUCCGUUUUGUAUCACUAAAGUAUAUGAGGCACUGGUAAAUGGCACACCCGUUUUUCAUUUAUUUCAUUUUGAUGGGAAACUAACAAAUGUUUUUUUUUUUUUUUUAUUAAAAAACAUUUUUAAUGCUCCGUACACACCGCGCCUGCGCACUGACCCGAGCCUACUGCUGUUUUCUGCAUUCGGGUAUAACAUUAUUUUCUGGAAAAGCAGCUGCUGGGACGAAGCUGCAAAUGUGCGGACAGACGGCACAGCACCGCGCCGCACACGAUGACCAAAAACAACAUUGGUGAAACGAGAUAAUGUGUAUUGAUUUCUAUGCGUUGUGGACGCGAGGCGAGACGCUCGAUCCUGCGUGGCUGAUGUUGACUGAUGUUCUCCAGUUUUGAGAUGAUCUAUUUUUGUGAUGGCGAAGGGGCUGUUUCCACGGGCCUGGGUGAAGAAGUCAUUCUAUUUCCAAGCCCGUAUCUCCUUUGUAAGGGUGAAGUACUUGUUCCUCACCUGGCUGACGGUGCUGGUGGGGAGCUGGGUGCUCUACGUGCAAUACUCGGCCUACACAGAGCUGUGCAGAGGACACCAGUGCAAAAAUGCUAUUUGUGACAAAUAUAGGAGAGGAAUCAUUGACGGGUCGGCCUGCAGCAGCCUGUGUGAUAAAGACACGUUCUACAUGAGCAGAUGUCUGUCAACACUCCCAAACAACCAGGUGUACACGGGAAGCUGGGGAGAUCACGAAGGGAUCAUUCGCUGUCAUUUGGGGAAAGUCAGGCACUACGAGAUGGGCUAUGAGCCGGAGCCUCAGAAGGAGAUCCCUGUGUUCGAUACCCCCACUCGAGGCACAUCAGUGGAGAAAUUCCGAGAGAUGGUCUUGAAUCACCUCAAGUCCAAACUUGGAGAUCAGACCAACCUUGGCGGUCUGGCGAGCGUGAUCCUUUCUGUGGCGGACGGCAACAAAGACGGAAAAGUGUCCCUGCCAGAAGCUCGCUCCAUGUGGGCCCUCCUGCAGAUCGAUGAGGUUCUUCUGGGCCUGCUGCUUCAGGAGCGUGGUCACACUCCUCGCCUCCUCGGUUACUGCGGCGACCUCUACAUGACCGAAAGGGUCCCCCACGGGCCCCUGUACGGUUUGUCCGUACCCUGGCCGCUGGUCUCCUGGGUCCCUGGCGGCUUACAGCGCACCAUGGACCAGUGGUUCGCCCCUUCGUGGCCUCGCAAAGCCAAGAUCUCCAUGGGCCUCCUGGAGCUGGUGGAGGACAUCUUCCACGGCACGUACGGCAGCUUCCUCAUCUGCGACCUGGCGGCGGCCCACUUCGGCUACACGGACGGCCACGAGCUGCGUCUCACCGACACCCGACCAGUGGUGCCGGAAAGCCAGUUCCGGCGGGGCAUGCGAGCGCUGCGCUGCGAAACGGAUGCCGACUGCGUGUACGGAGUGGACUGCCGGACGUCGUGCGAUACGGUACAGAGACGCUGCAGGGAGGAGCCCGUCCGGCCCAAUUUGGCCAAAGCGUGCAGUACGCUGAAGGACUACCUGCUGCACGGGGCGCCGUCCACCCUGCGAGACGAGCUGGAGAGGCAGCUGUAUGCCUGCAUGGCCCUCAAGGGCGAUGCUGGGCAACUGAACAUGGAGCAUUCGCUGCUCCUCAACAACUUGAAGGCUCUGCUGUGGAGACAGAUCUCACACACUAAGGACUCAUGACCAGGAGGAAGUAUGCUCUAACAAUGCUGUGAUAUAAUAUGUGAAUAAAUCACAUUUAAUGAAGUUACACUACUCACACAAAAUGUAAGGGGUAUUGGGCUUUCGAGUUUAGUUUCAGGGCGGACCUAAAAUAUACAACUGUUAAAUGAACUGAAGAGCUGAACUGCUGGGCAGUAUGGCUUUUUUGUUUCUUUGCUUGUAUUUAGAUUUUUUUGUAAUCGUAUUGUUCAACUUAUUUUAAUAAUUUCUGCCCUAUUUUGUUUCAGUAAUUGUUUCACAACUUGCUGUUCUCUAAACAGAAUAUUUAAACCUAAUUAAACAUAGGGCUGGGCGAUAUGACUUUAUUUUUUUUAAAUCGAAUUAUUCAAAUUAUUCAAUUAAUCAUGUUAGCCCUAAUAUGUUUCAGUCAUUUUUGCACAAUUGGCUGUUGUCUAACAAGGAGCGCAACAGAAAAAUUCAUAACACAUAGGGCUGGGCGAUACAGCUUUUUUCCCCCUAGCUUUCUUUCGUAAUCGAAUUACUCUAGUUAUUCGAUUGAUCGUAUCAGCCCUAAUUUGUUUCAGUACUUUUUGCACAACUUGCUCGAGAAAGAACCUGAAGGGAAAAAAUCUCAACAGGGGUUUGAUCGAUGAACAUUUUCAAGCACACUCACUUCUGUCCCUUUCUGUGACUCUUCUAGUUUCUCUGUUGUAACCUGCUGAUGGCACUCUGUGACACUCUUCAGUAGCCACUUUCCUCUGAGAAGAUCCUGUCUAAAGCUUUGGCGUUGCAAGAGGGAGGUGGCCACUGAGACUGAGCUUACAAUUUAAUAAGCAGGUUACAACAGAGAUAAAGAGAUACUGGAAGAGUCACAGAAAUGCAUACAUCCUUGAAAAUAUAUUCAUUCAUAGAUCCUCCUUGUUGAGGAAAAGCAAAUAGUGCAGAAAGUAUUGGGAAAAGUUGGACAUAAAAGGUCUAAGUUCACCUGUAAAGCUUAUAGUGCAUUUAGGUUCAUUCUGAACUUUCACCUCGCAAAGCCCAAUAUCCCAAAAGACAUUAUGGACAUUUGUAUACAAACUUCAUUCAUGCAGUAUAUAUUUUUUAACUUCCUGUAGGUGUAAUGGCUAUGUGUACAAAUUCGUAGGUUCAGGGGCUGGAAAUGACAACCGAGUGAUGAAUAUUUAGAGAACAUAGACUCUUAAAGCUGUGUAAUCACGUUUUGGAAAACUUGAGCUGGAACACUCGUUGAAGACUAUCCAAUCCUUGUGUUUUUCUGGAUUUUUUUAACAAUUAACAUUAGCGUGGGUUUAUGUAGUAUCAAGAAAUAUGGAAGGUCCCCAUUUAUUGUGAUGACUUUUGCAUGCUUAUUUUUUAUGAAAACGUAUUCAUUCGAGGUACUGAUACUAACCAGCUAAGGCGCUAGUUAUCCAUCCAUCCAUUUUCUGAGCCGCUUCUCCUCACUAGGGUCGCGGGCAUGCUGGAGCCUAUCCCAGCUGUCAUCGGGCAGGAGGCGGGGUACACCCUGAACUGGUUGCCAGCCAAUCGCAGGGCACAUAGAAACUAACAACCAUUCGCACUCACAGUCAUGCCUACGGGCAAUUUAGAGUCUCCAAUUAAUGCAUGAUUUUGGGAUGUGGGAGGAAACCGGAGUGCCCGGAGAAAACCCACGCAGGCACGGGGAGAACAUGCAAACUCCACACAGGCGGGGACGGGGAUUGAACCCCGCACCUCAGAACUGUGAGGCUGACGCUCUAACCAGUCGGCCACCGUGCCGCCACUAAGGCGCUAGUUAUGAAGGUUCUAUUUUUUUUUUUUUACGUUGUCAAAACUCUAGUAACACUGGUUCAGAAUGGGUUUUGUUUCAAAUUUGGAAGGAAAGUUAUGCAUUUUCACAUUUCCAAUGGAUUUGGUAGUCAGUGGAUCAUUUUGGGCAUUGCUAAGUCACUGAGCGGAAGCAGCACAAUCGUUAGUGACACUAGAAGUAAAUCUGCAAAGGUUGAAUCAAGGCAACUGGACUGUUCUUGUUUGUUGAAUCUUUAAUCCAAAAGGCUUCCUCAAUUCUAAAUUCCCGGUGUGGCUCGGUUUAUAGAUGGCUUUUACCUCUUUCUAACCAGUAGUCAUCCCUAUCCAUAAUUUGUACGUUGUUGUCCUCAAAGGAAUGGCCAUUCUUCUUGAAAUGCAAAUGAAACUCUGAUUCUAGACCUGAGUAAACCUCCCGUUGAUGCUGUGCUAUGCGCCUGUGCAGCAGUUGCUUAGUCUCUCCAAUGUAGAGGUCAUUGCGCUUCUCACUGCACUGCACAAACAACAUUGCUGAGUUUUCUUCUUGGGAUUUUGUCCUUGGUGAACCAGCUUUAGUCUGAGGGUGUUAGUGGGUUUGAAAUGCAUUGGGAUGUUAUGUUUGGAGAAAAUCCUUCUGAGUUUAUUUGACAAAUCAGAUGAAGAAGCCUUUCGGAUUAAAAGUGAAACGUUUCAACCUUUGCAGAUUACCAUGACCUGUAUGACUGAUAAUCUACACAGACAUAUGAUACUUUCAUGCCUGGGCCAUGAGUUGUGUGAAGUGUUUCUAUCUCACAUUGUUGAAUACUAAUGAUCAAUCACAGAGCUGUAUAGUAAUUUGUGAAUGUUAGCCACUUAUUUUUCCACUAGAAAAAGAACGACCUUAUUGUACUGCCUCAAUUUUGGGUUUCACCUAUCACAGUGCCAUAAGAAACAUGCUAAAAGUCUUAUGAAUGUUAUGUGUGAAGAUCUUUUUCCAAUCUCAUGGUUGCACUUGUAUCCUGUAUAAAAAUGCACAAGGUCUAUUCAAGGCAGAGCUGAUAGGAAGUAAUUUUUUUAACUUGUGUAAUGUCAUGAUCUACAGAAAAAGCUGACGUGGUGCUCAACGCUGCUGUCGGGACUAAGAUGUUUUAAUAGAAAAAUACAUGCAUGAUUUUGCACAACUGAGAAUAAAGUACACACUAUUUUGCAGUCUUCUA